AUGACGGUUAAUUUACGAGGGAAAAAGAUAAAAAGCAGGAGGAAAGCAAUAAACAAAGCAGAAGGAAGUGCCAUUGCUAGUGCCACUACCAACAACAAAAAAGUAGAAAUGCAAUCACAUUCACUCCCUUCGUUUCCAAAACCAUUCGCAUCAUCCUCUUCUUUUACUUCUCGCUCUAACACUCACUUCACUCUCCAAUCUUCAUCUUUCGCCACCUCACUUAUCUCCUCUUCCAUUUUUCCUCCUCCUCGCUGCAACCGUAUUCAAAUUGGUGGUAAUAUUUUUCGGGGUACAUCGGGAUUCGCACGUGCUUACCGCGCUGCAUUAUCUAAACUUCACAAUUCCGAUUACUCUGUUGCCGAAAACUCCGAUUGUGAAUGUCACUUGGCAACGCCGAUUGUUUCUUCUGAUGCUGAUAAUAAUCGAUCGAUAGAACUUGUGAAGUUUAUGCUGUUCUUUGCGUUCCUUACACUCCAAGACUCUUAUCCAGCAGCUGCCGCUUCUGAUUUUGCUUCUGGUUUGAAUUCAAUUCCCAUAUUUGGAGAUGUCGGUGACUUAAGCACAGGUUUUGCUUCAGCUUUUCUGCUGAUAUUUUUCUCUGAACUGGGAGACAAGACUUUUUUCAUUGCAGCACUGUUAGCAGCUAGGAAUUCAGCUGGUGUCGUUUUCCUUGGAACAUUUGGCGCACUUGCGGCAAUGACUGUCAUUUCUGUCGGUCUUGGACGGACUUUUCAUUAUGUUGACGAACUCUUGCCAUUCAGGUUUGGAGAAACUGAUUUACCUAUUGAUGAUAUUGCUGCUGUUUGCCUAUUGGUGUACUUUGGGGUCUCUACCCUGCUGGAUGCCUCAUCUAGUGAUAGCCAAAAAUCAGAUGAUGAACAGAAGGAGGCAGAGUUAGCAGUUUCUGAUUUUUCUGGAAAUGGUGCUGGGAUACUAGCUGCUGCUAGCACAAUUGUCAGCACUUUUCUCUUAGUUUUUGUAGCAGAGUGGGGUGAUAAAUCAUUUUUCUCCACAAUUGCCCUUGCAGCAGCUUCUUCGCCCCUGGGAGUCAUAGGUGGAUCACUAGCCGGUCAUGGUGUUGCAACUUUGCUAGCCGUUCUUGGUGGCUCUUUACUCGGGACAUUUUUGUCAGAGAAGGUUAUUUCCUAUAUCGGAGGUGUUCUCUUUCUCGUCUUUGCUGCAGUAACCUUAUUUGAAAUUGUACAAUAGAUGUUUCAAGAAGUGCAAUGGAUGCACUGUACAAAAGCAGCAUGGAUGCACUGACUUCCAAAAUUUUAUCAGCACCCUGUUUAUUAAAAUUUGUUAAUGGCGGCUCUAGAAAAAAAUUACAUACUACUUACUAUCUGUAAAGAAACUAUAUACUACCAGUAUUUUUUGUAGCAAUAGUUGAUCUACCUUUCAUUGUAAUCUUCAUAAACUAUGUCCAGUUGUUUUUGUUUACCCAAUAAAUCAUAUCCAGUUGGUCAUUAAAAAUUUUGUUAA